UCCGCAUAAAUCCUACCCCGCGGGGCUUAGGUGGCCGCCACCGUCCGCAUAAUUCAUUUCCCGCUUUUACUACACUCCUCGAAUUGUCUCGACGAUUUCAUUUUGGUUCCUCCUCCUUUGGAGCUGAUAAGAAUGAGGGAAAUUGUGACAAUUCAAGUUGGCGAUUACGCAAAUUAUAUAGGUUCUCAUUUUUGGAAUUUUCAGGACGAGUUGCUUGGAUUGGCUGAAGAUCCCGGUGCUGAUCCAGUUUUCAAGAAUGGAUUGUUGGAUAUGGACGUUUUCUAUCGGGCCGGUGAAACACAGCAGGGUAUCUUUACAUACUGCCCUCGUAUGAUAUCUAUUGGCUCUCGAGGAUCACUUGGUUCUCUUAGUACGUCUGGUACUUUGUAUGGCAACAUUCCUUCAGCUGAUUCGAUGGCCAUUGCUACAUGGACCGGGAAUGCUGCAAGAUCAGUCGCAGAACCUUAUAAGAAAAAUCUGUUUCUCCAAAGUUUAUCUGAAGAAGACCACGAUGAUUCAGGUAUACCAGCAAGUGAUAGUAAAGAAGGGGACUCUUCACACAGAAGAGAAAGAGAUAAGGAUCGUAUUGAGUGCCUAGAAAAUGGUGUUAAUUCUUGGACUGAUUAUUCCAAAGUUCAGUAUCAUCCUAAGACCUUAUAUGAAUUGAAAGGAUCAUGGGCAGAUGUUAAUAAGUUUGACGACUAUGGAAUUGGAAGGGAUGUUAUUGCAGAAGGGUCUCAUGCAGAAGAGAUGAAUGAGAGGCUGCGGUUUUUCAUUGAAGAAUGCGACCAUAUUCAGGGUAUCCAGUUCAUUGUUGAUGAUUCAGGAGGCUUUUCCAGUGUUGCUGUUGAAUAUCUAGAGAACAUUGCUGAUGAGUACGCCAAUACACCUGUGUUGCUUUAUAAUGUGAGAGAUCCAGUUUCCCAUGCAUUGCCCAUAAACCAAAGGGGUUUAAUUACAAGAGCUCUUCAUGAUGCUGUCUCGUUUUCAAAGCUUGCCUCCUUUUCCAAGUUGAUGGUACCAGUUGGAUUACCUUCUUUGAGAAGCAACCUGUCUCCUUUACUCCAUGUGAAAGACGAAAAGCUUUUCUACUCUAGUGCAAUCUAUGCUGCUGCAAUACACUCAAUAAGUGUUCCAUUUCGAUUGGAGCCACUUAGGCCAAGUACAAACUCAACGUAUGCUUCUGGUGCUCUCGAGAUUGGUGAAAUUGUCCAUUUAUUAGCUGGUCAAGCUAGGCAAAACCCUGUGACUAUUUUGGAUUUAGCGAUGCCUGCUCCAUCUUUUACAGAAGAAAACAACCGGGGAGCUAUAUUGAAGUAUUUGAACCCUUUGACCCCUGAAAUUGGAGAGGAUGAUGAAGAUCCGUAUGCAGUUGAAUCUGUAACGGUUCAUGGAGCCCUUCAUUCAGGUUGUAAUCGGGCUUUGAUUUCUCAAGUGAAGAACUCCAUAUGUGCUGAAUAUGAAGGCCGAUCUAUAAAACUCAAAUUCUUACAUCUUUCCAUGUUCCUCUGCCCGCUCCCUAUCCCUCUACCAUUUCCGUCCAUCUUUACGAGCCGUGUAGGCCGACAUGGUGAGCUUUUGGAGCAUGAGUUUGAAGGGGGAGAGCCAAAGGGAUCACUUGAUGUUGAGUCUGUACCAAUAGCUGCUCGGCUUCGAUCAAGUAAGGCAAUUUUGCCUUUCAUAGAAACACGGUAUAUGAAUCUCCACAAAUAUGGAUUGGCAAGAGGUUCACGAGGUGACGAGUUGCUUCGAGACUGGGGAUUUGGGAGAGAGGAAGUAGAAGACAUGGGAGAGAAUAUGUCCAGAAUGUUGUUGGCGUUAGAUCCUCUUUCGGAGGAGGCAUCAUCUGACUCAGAUUAGCGCUCAGCGCUCGCUGUUCUUUUCAGACACGUCAAUAUCAUGCAGAGACCUGUUGUUGUCUACAACAUGAUCAUUGUUCUAAAAUAGUCUUUUCAAAUCAAGGACAUGUUCUGAACAUCUCAUACAAGUUUGGUAUGCUGUUGCUUUCACAGGUAGAUAUGGUAUGGGAAUGUAUACGGUGUCAUUUUAGACGCAGAGACUUUGAGCUAACAUGCCCUGGUAAUUUGUCAGCAACUUUCACUCUCUUGCAGCACUACAAAUGAAAGAGAUGCAAUUUGAAGUUUUGAA